CUCAAAAACAUCGCGAACCUUUGUAAAUCUGUAGUGAACGCAUCCAUGAAUUAUCUGCAACGAAAACUAUACUAGAUUAAGUUAAACGGUUUUAGCAGCGGAGUUAAGAGGUAAGGAUAGCCUCCGGCGAAGCAAAAGUCCGCCAUCAACCAUGUCGAGGACAGCGGUUUUGCACGCGAGGCUGCCGACAUGUCCUGGAAAUCUUCGGUUUCGGGCUCGAGUUGAGUGUCAAGAUUUUGUAUGAUAUCAGGAAGUGCGUCGCGGCAAAGAGAAGACCAGCAGCGACACACGCGAGCAAUUGUGAUAUCAUCACUUUGCCCCACCAACACGACAAACAUUCAUAACCAAGCAUCUGUAACCUUCAUUCGACAUGCCUGAACUUAUAGGAAAGCAAGUGGGCGAAGUAGGCUAUGGCCUCAUGGGCCUGACAUGGCGCCAAAGCCCGCCGCCAAAAGAGCAGAGCUUCGAGACUAUGCGCACAGCGCUGUCUCUUGGCGCGAACAACUGGAACGGCGGCGAGCUGUACGGGCCCCCUGAUGCCAACUCUCUGCAACUGCUCAAUGCGUACUUUACAAAGUACCCCGAGGACGCGGAGAAGGUUGUGCUUUCCAUGAAGGGCGGCUUGUUGCCAGGCCAGAUGAAGCCUGAUGGCAGUCAGAAGAACGUGCAGCGCAGCAUCGAUGAAUGUCUGAAGUGGCUCGAUGGCAAGAAAAGCCUCGACCUCUUCGAAUGCGCACGGGUUGAUCCGAAUACGCCGAUCGAGGACACGAUCGGGUACAUCGCGGAGUACGUCAAGGCUGGCAAGCUCGGCGGCAUCAGCCUGUCCGAGGUGGGCGCAAACUCGAUCCGCAAAGCAGCUGGCGUGCACAAGAUCUCCGCCGUCGAAGUUGAGUUCUCGCUCUUCUGUGCCGACAUUCUCGAAAACGGCGUCGCAAAGGCAUGUGCGGAGCUUGAUAUCCCAAUCGUUGCGUACUCGCCUCUCGGACGCGGUUUUUUGACCGGCAAGUACAAGCGACACAGCGAUCUGGAGCCCGACUCGAUGCUGCGCCACAUGCCGCGCUUCCAGCCAGACGUGUUCGACGAGAACAUCAAGCUGGUGCACGCAGUCGAAGGCAUUGCACAGAAGAAGGGCGUCACGCCUGCACAGAUUGCAUUGGGGUGGGUGUUGUACCAGAGCGGCAAAGAGGGGAUGCCCACCAUCAUCCCCAUCCCGGGGGCUACGACAUCGGCGAGGGUCAAGGAGAACAUGAAGCCGGCGAGGCUCGAUGAGUCGGACAUGAAGGAACUCGCAGAGAUUCUGGACAAGUUCCCCAUCGUCGGCGACAGGUACCGCAAGGAAGCGAUGGCGCUGACCUGGGCCUGAAGGUGCCUACAUGCCUGACUGAACAGGCUCGUCAGCAAUUGUGUGCGAGAGGAUGCAAGCAUUUAGGCGAAGGCGUUGUCGCAGAUCAGAAGAAUAGUAGUGUAUAGAGUAAUCCGC